UUGAGCGAAUUGAGUCCGUGUCAAAUAUACACUUUUGAGUUAUGACUAGCAAGAAAUGAAGGAACUUGUAUAAAUCAUUAUGCAUAACACUUCAAAUAGUCCAAUGAACAUCUGUCAAUGUAGACCGGCGUCCAAGUUCUGCAUAUAGUGCAUAGUGUUUACAUUUCUUGUUAAUGAUAAAAUGUUGAGGAUAAUUUGAAGUUUAAAAAUUACUAAAAAUAUACAGUCUUUAUUAUUUAGUUAAUCUUUGAUUACUACUCAGAUAGUGCAGAUCGACUUUUACAUUAAAAGUAUCAAUAUUCAACAAUAUUUAGCAAUGGCUGGGAUGGAUAAAGUAAAAAUUAUUGUUGUUGGUGAUUCAGGAGUUGGUAAGUCAUCACUGACUCACUUGAUAUGUCAUCAAGAACCUAUGCCUAACCCAUCAUGGACAGUUGGUUGUACAGCAGAUGUUAUAUUACAUGAAUACAAAGAGGGUACACCUAAUCAACGAAGAUUUUUUGUUGAAUUGUGGGAUAUAGGAGGAAGACAAAGCCAUAAAAAUACAAGGAGUGUAUAUUAUAGUCAAGCAAAUGGUAUUAUACUUGUACAUGAUUUGACAAAUAGAAAAUCUCAGCAAAAUCUUCAAAAAUGGUUAGAAGAAGUUUUGAAUAAAAAUAACAAUCAUUUCAAAUCUAAAUCGUAUGAUGACUUUGAUCCAGAAAAGUUUGUAGGGUCAACACAGAUUCCUAUUUUGGUUGUUGGUACAAAAGCUGAUAUGGUAGCUGCAGUACGAUCAAAUGUAUACAGACGUGCAUCUACUAUUGCUGAAGAAUGUGGAGCAGAUGAAAUAUUUUUGGAUUGCAGGCAAUCACGGACAUUAGCAGCUGGGAGCACUUCAUCCUUGAAGUUAAGUCGAUUUUUUGACAAAGUUAUAGACAGACGCUAUCAAUUUUCCAAAGAUACUCCGGCAGAUCAAAGAAGAAUACCUAUUUUUGCCUCACAGUUUACUCAAAAACUGUAUCAUAAUGAUUGAAUUUAGUAUUAAAUUUUACAUAUUAAUUUAGUUGAGCAGUAAUUUCGAGUAAUUUCCAAUCAAGUUUCAUUUUUCAGUUAAAGUUAACAA